AUGGUAGUUAAUUCCAAAGAAGAGUUCAAUGAAGGCAUUUGGGACCAGUUAUGCAAUUCACCAAUUUCUUUGGUGCAGCGUUCAAACCUGAAAGUGGCUUGGCAACAGUUGCAACCUGACUCUACUAGCACCAGUCGGGAAUCCAACAUUGCUGGCAUACCGACAGCAUCAGCUCCUGAAGGAUCGUGGUCUGAAUCUUUUGCCCCCAAACUUCAGGCGAACACAGUUUCGAAGUUGAAGAAACAAUUUUUGGAAGGUCUUCAAUUACACCAGUUGUUGCUGGACGAGCCUCCGGCAUUGGACAUCAACAACACUGGGAUGGGAGUGAACGCGAUCCGCAAUAUGAUGGAUAUCCACAACACUGCGAUGGCGUUGGUGGGAUCAUGUCACCUCCAACGAUUACGGGCAUACUCCCUACGUUUCAUGAGCUUUUUGACCCAGCGUUUAGACGGCGAUUCUGGACUCCGGACGCCGAACGUACUGGAGGCACAGGCAGCAGAGAAGCAACUGUGGAAUCUGAUUCACGAGUUGGUCUUGGAUCAAGGAUUUACAUUGGACAACGCCUUGCAUGAAGUGACUCACCUGAGGGCGGACAUGGCCUCACUGUUGCAGCCACGAGCCAAGGUCACCUCACGACCUACGGGUUCGACCUCAUCAUCAGCUUCCACCACCACAGCCCCCAAGGGCAAGAGUAAAGGAAAAGGGAAAUCCAAAUCCCUUGGCAAGAACACCAAAGGCGGGGCUCAAGGACGACCGACCUGGGUGACAGAAGCCCUGAUUCAGGGCAAGAAGCAGCAACUCUGUAUGCAAUUCCAAUCUGGUCGCUGUCAGAAGGGUGACCUCUGCAAGUUUGGCCACUUCUGUGCCUAUCCGCUUGCUUCUGGACAAGCUUGCGGCCAAGCCCAUAGCGCAUUUGCUCAUCAACAGCAACCCCACUGA